AUGCGGUUGUGCGCGGGCAUGCCAGCACGGUCUACCGUGCGUCGAGGUGAUGAUGAGGUUCCGGUAGAAGAUGGUUUAAAUGUUGCCCCUAUUUUGCGUUCGACUCCUAAUCAAACGAUUGUGACCGAGCGGUGCUCAGAGAGCGAUGGUCGUAUGAUAUAUGGGGUGAGUGAGGCGAUAACAGAGGUGGUGCUCCGGCGCCUUGAAAAUCAAGGGUCGUAUGAUAUAUUGAUGAAUGGAUUUUCCUUACAGUCUACCACUACUCCUAAGAAAGGAAAUAAAUUCAUGAGCUUAGCAUUUAUAGGAGUCCUGGAGGGACAUUCUAGGCUGACAAGACCUGCGUGGUGGAGCCUGGUCGGGCCAGUGGGUAGUCAAAUCGGCAUUUGGGAUCGUGAAGCAUGGUGGUCUGGGGUUGAGAAGCAUGGUGGUGUGACCCCCAUAAAUCUCGGCAAAUCUCGGCCACUGCCCUGA